AGUGUUCUCUCCGUUGAUCGGUCGUUUAGCCUAACUAUACCACACCCUCGCGUAUGAGCCUGCACUUUGGCCUCUUUGAGGACGAUUGCGUCGAGUCAGACGCCACCAAUAGUUUCGCCGACCCAGAAGAUGAGCACACGUUUACUGCUUUUGGUGAGCUCUCCCUCAGCCAAGACGAAAUGCUUAGAUUCGCUCCAAAUAACGUCCGUCGCCGUAAUCGAAUGCGUUUGAGAGAGAGACGUAAGAGCGCCCAGUACAGUCCACAGAUUCCGGGGGGAAAUUUUUGGAUUCAUUGACGUCUUCACUAGUUUCAACUCUAACACCUGCCGAGUUUUUCAAUGGUGGGUGCGUUCUCGCCCUUCUUCCGCGCACAUGCGCAUAUCGACACGAAGCGUCGAGAACCGUACCUUCUUGCGGAGCCGUACAAGGGUUUAUUGAGGGAUAUUUUGAGGUUGAGGUAUUCGAUGCUUCCUGUGUGGUAUACUGUGUUUAGGGAGACCAGUGAGAGCGGGGUCCCUAUUCUCUGGCCUCAGUAUGUGAUGUUCCCCGAGGACGAAGCUGGGUUUGGAAUCGAUGAUCAGUAUUACAUCGGGUCGUCGGGGUUACUUGUCAAGCCUGUGACGCAGAAGGGGGUGAAGGAGGUUUCCGUGUAUAUUGCUGAGGAUCAGGUCUACUACGACUACUUCACCAACCUCGCCCACCGCCCCAAAAACCGUACAUAUCACCCUCCCCGCAAACCUUGACCAAAUCCCCCUCCUCAUUCGCGGAGGCUCCAUCGUCCCCACACGCG